GAAAAACGCAGAGAAAAAGAAAAAGAAAAAGAAAGAGAAAGAAGAUGGAGAAUGCGGCGAGCUUGACUUCGAAACCCGACGGAAGGAAACGGCGCGUGAGCUACAUUUACGAGCCAUCGAUCGGCGAAGGAAAUCGACGGGAAGCACAACAGAACCGUACGACUCACAACCUCAUCCGUAGCUAUGGCCUCCACAACGACAUGGAUAUCAUCCGCCCUAGACUCGCAGAAUCUUUAGAUUUCGUUGAGUUCCACUCGCCGGUAUACAUAGCAUACCUUGCUUCUGUCACGCAGCAUUAUGUCAACUUGGAGAAGUUAGAACCCGAUGAUGAUACUUCCCUCAAGCUCUUCAACAUGGACGAGUGGGACACCCCUUUCUUCACUGGCCUCUUCCAAUAUUGCCGUCGAUACGCUGGUGGCUCUCUUUGCGCCGCCGAUAGACUGAGCCGAAACGAAGCUGAUAUCGCCAUCAAUUGGUCCGGCGGGAUGCACCGUGCCAAGAGAAAUCAGGCUUGUGGCUUUGGCUAUGUCAAUGACGUUGUGCUUGGGAUCCUCGAGUUGCUCAAAGUCUUCAAGCGAGUUCUCUACAUAGAUAUUGGGUAUUACCAUGGGGAUGCAGUAGAAGAAGCAUUCAGCGAAACUAAUCGAGUUAUGACUGUUUCUUUUCACAAGUCUGGGGAAGGAACAGGAUACAUAACAGACUACGGGGUAGAAAAGGGAGAGUACUAUUCUCUAAAUGCACCACUGAAGAAUGGUUUGAACGAUGUACAUUUCACCACUUUAUUCAUACCUAUUAUCCACAAGGCUAUGGAGGUUUAUCAACCAGAAGCAAUUGUUCUUCAGUGUGGCCCUGAUUCACUAGCUGGUGAUGAGUUGGGUAAAUUCAACUUGACCAUCAAGGGUCACGCUGCUUGUCUCCGCUACAUAAGAUCAUUUAAUGUUCCUCUCAUGGUUUUGGGUGGUCAAGGUCACUCUCUUGGAAAUGUUGCACGUUGCUGGUGCUAUGAGACAGCUGUUGCGGUUGGAAAAGAAAUUGACAACGAUCUUCCUAUCACUGUGUCCGAUGCGUGUUUUGCCCCACAUUAUCAACUUCAUAUCGAGCCAAACCCCAUGGAGGAUUUAAACUCAGACGUCUAUAUUGAAGAAAUAAAGAGGAGACUACUAAUGCAACUUUCACAAGUGAUACACGCACCCAGUGUACAGUUUCAAGAUACUCCACCAAUCAGUCAAGUUACAGAAGAAGCGGAAGAGGACAUGGGGACGAGAUAAAAUCAACGUAUAUUGACUGGUAGUGCAAGUUAUGAAUCAGUCAGACUUCACCUCCUUGUGAAUAGUUUUACCAUAUAGAAAGAACAAUAGGUGUAUAAACAUGACACCAUUACUAGUACAAGAAUCAACAUUGUAAAUAAGCGUGGGAUUACAAUAGUAGUGAGAUAUUAUAUGAAGUUUAAACAACACAUAGUUGUCUGCUGUGCUUUCUCUAGAAUACCAAUCACAUCUCAGAUUUAGUGUUUUCCUUGAUCCUGG